AUUUCAGCCUCAGAACUUUCGGGCAGACAAAGGCGUGGAGAAAAGCACUGAGGCUACCCGACCCGAGAGAUCGAAUCAAUUCCGAGGGGAUCUGAAUCCACUGGGUGCAGGAUGAACUCCACUCAUCACCAUGGAAUGCACACUUCUCUCCACUUCUGGAACCGCAGCACCUACGGACCGCACAGCAAUGCCAGUGAGUCCCUUGGAAAAGGCUACUCUGAUGGAGGGUGUUAUGAGCAACUUUUUGUCUCCCCUGAGGUGUUUGUGACUCUGGGUGUCAUCAGCUUGCUGGAGAAUAUUCUGGUGAUUGUGGCAAUAGCCAAGAACAAAAACCUGCAUUCGCCCAUGUACUUUUUCAUCUGCAGCCUGGCUGUGGCUGAUAUGUUGGUGAGCGUGUCAAACGGAUCCGAAACCAUUGUCAUCACCCUAUUAAACAGUACAGAUACGGACGCGCAGAGUUUCACCGUGAAUAUUGAUAAUGUCAUUGACUCGGUGAUCUGUAGCUCCUUGCUUGCAUCGAUUUGCAGUCUGCUUUCAAUUGCAGUGGACAGGUACUUUACUAUCUUUUAUGCUCUCCAGUACCAUAACAUCAUGACGGUCAGGCGGGUUGGGAUCAUCAUAAGUUGUAUCUGGGCAGCUUGCACGGUUUCGGGCGUUUUGUUCAUCAUCUACUCAGACAGCAGUGCUGUCAUCAUCUGCCUCAUCACCAUGUUCUUCACCAUGCUGGCUCUCAUGGCCUCUCUCUAUGUCCACAUGUUCCUCAUGGCCAGACUGCACAUUAAGAGAAUUGCUGUCCUCCCGGGCACUGGCACCAUCCGCCAAGGGGCCAACAUGAAGGGUGCAAUUACCCUGACCAUACUGAUUGGGGUCUUUGUUGUCUGCUGGGCCCCGUUCUUCCUCCACUUAAUAUUCUACAUCUCUUGUCCCCAGAAUCCUUACUGUGUGUGCUUCAUGUCUCACUUUAACCUGUAUCUCAUACUGAUCAUGUGUAAUUCCAUCAUCGACCCUCUAAUUUAUGCACUCCGGAGCCAAGAACUAAGGAAAACCUUCAAAGAGAUCAUCUGUUGCUAUCCUCUAGGCGGCCUCUGUGAUUUGUCUAGCAGAUACUAACUGUGCAGAUAGAAACGUGCAUAAGAGACUUCUUCAUUCUUACAGAACCGGAACGUUGUGCUUUGAUGACCCUUUUUUCCUCUGUGUAAGGCAUGGGUUGAGACUAUCUGUUGUAUAAAUUUAAGUUCAUGACUUUUUUUUGGAAUGGAAACAAUGCCCAGUCUCUGUACAUUUCUAAUGUCUUGCUACUUUUUGGCUGUACAAUGUUAAUCCAUAUUAUAGGUUGUAGGCACUAUGAAUGUAUAAAGAAAAAAAAAACCUCUUAUUAAAAGCAUAAGAAUGUUUCUUGUUACUCACAAGGAUUUGACACUUUGCUUGUUUUAGUAACACAGAAAUCACAGAAUCAUUAAAUAUGCUCUAACAAAUGGCUUCUUACAUUACACUAUCUAACACUGAAAUGUAGAGAUUUGAUUGUAGCAUUUGGGGGUAAAUAUUGAAGGAUAGAUGCUUAG